CGAAAUCUAGAUUUCAUCAAUUAACGCUUUUUUGAGCCUUUAGUGCGAGUGCGCUCUUCUGCGUGAAAUGAAAGAUUUGACUACUUCCUCGCAGUUCGUGGGACCAGAAUCUGCAAUAGGACACGCCAUCUUCCACGUUUUCUGCCAUUCGAAGAAUUUUACGUGCACAUGGUGGGGAACAUUCUGCAAAUUUCAUCUCCGACUGUUUGGUCAACAGACGUCUCUUAUGUCCACGCAUUCACGCAUCCGUCAGCGACGUGCGGGUGAUACUUUGAACUCUCGCGGACAGAAGGUAGUACGACGGCUGUGCCUGCAAACGCUGACCUACAGCAAAGGACGUAUCCUUCAGGAGGCUGGAACCCCGUGAAGUAACAAACCUUCUCGAUAGGCAUCCGUGCUCCAGGAAUGGUCGAUUGAUCGCAAAUUUUCCCGAGAACAGGUGUCGAGGAGCGUCGGGACACUUGGAGAGAACGAAUUUGUUAAGAAUCUGCAGCCACCUUUCUCGAGAGAGCAGCCAUCUCGCAGCUGCCCUGCUCUGUUCAGGAGGAAUUUCGAUCUGGUAUCAACGAAUUGUAUGUUUUUGAACAUUUGAACAUGGGUCGUGCCAAGAACGAGCAAGCGGAGAGCCCAAGUGGUCGGACGCAGGAGCAGACGGAGGAGGGUGGGGCCUGGCACGAAAUGGCGAUGGAAAGAGUGCUCUGGUCAGGGGAGGACAUCAAGAAGCGCGUCUCGGAGCUGGCCGAACAGAUAACGAGAGACUUUUCUGGCAAAUCGCUGGCCGUGGUCGGGGUAGCGACGGGAGCAGUCAUUUUCGUGGCGGAUCUGGUUCGCGAAAUCCAGAUUCCCGUCACGUUAGACUUUGUGCGGAUGAAAUCGUACGGAAACAGCACGACCUCGAGCGGCAAGGCGACUUGCAUCGCGGACAUUAGCAUCGACGUCAAAGAUAAGCACGUUCUGUUGGUGGAGGAUAUCAUCGACACGGGAAUCACAGUCUCGACUCUCGUUGCCCACUUCGGUGUCAAGGAAGUUGCAUCCUUCUCCGUGUGCACACUUCUGGAUAAACCGUCGAGACGAAUAAUCCCCGUCCAACUUAUACCUGGUGGCAAAUUUUACCGUGGGUUCGAAUGCCCCGAUGAAUUUGUCGUCGGUUACGGGUUAGAUUAUGCGGAGCUGUAUCGCAAUGUGCCAUACAUCGGUGUGCUCAAGUCACACGUUUAUUCCUGAGACCUCGAAACCAGCCCUGGAUUGAGUCAUCUCCAGAGCAUUUGAUGCAUUCCAAUGAAUCCAUCGUCAGUAGCAGAAGCCCAUGGAUGUACGUAUUUAAAUUUCUUUAACCCUAAAGUUCCUGCUUAUACAGCACACACCUUCACUUGGACGAAUUUUGUAGGUGAGUAGUCGGAGUGCACGUUGCUGCGGCAUAAAAAUAUUGGUCAACAGUUGAGUGUGUUGGUAGCACCCAAUGUGUAGAACGAAUAGAUGGUCAGCUGAAUAUGAAAGAUUUGAGAAAGUCGCAUUCACGACCUUCUCGUGUACGUACGUGCAUGCUUGCAACAUUUCUCAGUUGACUGGCUGACCACUCGCUCACUGACAUCGAUGUUCACGCAAGGCACAUCCUGGAAAUUGUAACACCACAAUUUCGUCUGCAGUUGAGAGUAACCGAUUGGAGUCAAAGUAUUUGAGCGCGCCUUACAUUUUUUACUGCCGGUUUCUUCUUGUACCGCUCCGUCAGUGACUUCUGAGGACUUGCUGAAACACCCACAACCGACUUUUGACUUUCAUACCGUCGUCGUCGAUCACUGUCAUUUGUUACACAGACCUUGGCAAUAAAUAAUGCUUCAUUGUACUCAGACAUCGCCACUCACCAAUUCCACGCGAUAGCAUGCCCAAAGCACGUCCUCUUGUUGUCCAGUCAUUUCAGAUUGUCAGGGUUGCGACAACGACGGUCAGUCAAGGACUUCCAGUCUGCAACACGGAAAAGCCGACGAGGAAACUCACUUCUCUCGAAGUGAAGCCAUGCAGAACGGACGCGACAGAGUUCGGGUCUGCUCGACUGUCCUUUUCUUACUGCUAGACCUCCGGCUCCAGGGAGGGAGGGAGGCUCACUACGGUUUAAGAGAAUCACAAGAGCUCCGAUAAUGGUAUGAUUUCUUCUUAUGUCCGAGGGAAACAAAACACUCCAACAUUGAAAGCCAACACGGGAACUUAGCUUCCAAGUCGAAACUCAAUUAACGUGGCUGGGGAGUGACUGUGUCAGAGAUACAAGAGAACUGCUGUUUAGUGUUGAGAGACAGAGUCAAUACUGUUUAGACAGAGACUGUUGAGAGACUGAGACUUUCUCAAAGAACCCAAUCUCGGAUUUUCUGACCCAGCGCUGCUUCUGGAAAGGCUGGCACCAUAUAUCUGGUUCAAUCACGGGUUAAUUGAUCUUCUGCCAUUGAUGUUUGAAUGAGCAGGCAUAGAAGGUGAUGAAGCUUGCUAAUUCAUUCUUGCCUUGAUUGUAUGUACUCUCCUUUAUGUGUUCGUUGAGAUGAUUCACAGAACAUUCCUAGGAUUGAAAUUAGCAUAAUAGACAUAAGAAGAAGCAGCCCGCGCCAUGGAGGAUAGCACAGGUUGGGAGCUGUCAGACACAAGAGAGAGAACAAAACCGACACACUAGUUUCAUAUCCUAGGGGAAGUGGCAAAGACUAUUAGACUACUGCCGCGCCUUUUGACACAUGACUCGUGUAAUGUGCCCCGGGAAGGACAUGAGUUGCC